AUGGAACCGCUUGACAUCGCCCAGCGCACAUCUCGAGACUUGAUGGCUAGUAUUGACCCUCACACGACUUCCGAGAUCUCAUCGAGGGCUGCUGGUAUGAAAAUGUCGACACCACCAUGGAAGGGAGUAUUACAAUCUACCAAAAGCGAGCCUGCGCAAAGGAUAAGCGACCCGAUCGCCAACCACCGGGACGCAUGA